AUGAGGAGCCAGGGCCAGCGGCUGCUCUGGAGCUGGGCACUGUGGGGUCUCUGGGUGCUGCCAGAUCCCGGCAGGAUUUCCUCCGAGUCUGACAGUACCAGCACCGAGCUGGCUCUGGAGCUGGGCAUGUGCCAGGCAAUCCCCGACACUGCAGCCACCCAGCCAGAGCACCUCUCUCCAGCUGGCAGGACCACCACAAGCACCUCUGCAGGCAGCCAGGGCCCAGUUUUGAUUAUUCUCCUGCCCGUGUCAGUGCCAGCAGCCUCACUCUACCCUUUUGGCAUGGAGGGAGGGGACCAAGAGUACAUCCAGAGGAUGGUGGAUUUUAACUCCCCCCUGUUCAAGCCAGAGAUCGGGUUUCCCUUUGGGAAGAAACUGCGGGAUGUUCUCUACUUUACAGAUAACGGACAGAUCAUCUUCCCACCCACUGAUAACUACGUCCUCUCCAACCCCAACCCACCUCCCCGGGGCUUCAAUGGCCGGGAGGGUUUGCCAGUGGUGGCUGCCUUCUGGGAUGACGCAGAUUUCUCCCAGGGUGUUGGCACCACCUGGUACCAGGAGUACUCCACCCUCAGCUCUACCCAAGAUCCCUUUGUCCACGAUGUGGAAGCAAAGAUUGAGAAAUACCUGAAAACCCCUUACCAAGCAAAAUGGACCUUGAAGGUGACAUGGGAGAAGGCUCCAGCAUACCCAUCCCGGCGAGAUGACACUCAGACAAACACCUACCAAGCGGUCCUGACCACCGAUGGGAACCGCUCCUUUGCCCUGCUGCUCUACCAGGAUGGUGGGAUGCAGUGGGACUACACCAAGCUGGCUGCAGACAACGUGCUGAUCGGUUUCUCCAGUGGUGAUGGUUAUGCCCAGAAUAAUGAGCUGACUCAAAAGCCACCAGCUGUCAAGUACCGACCCGACCAGCACAGCAGCACUGGCACCGGUGUGCGUGGGCUGUGGAUAUACAGGCUGGACACCCGCUCCCGGGUGAACUACAGGCUGCGGUGCCUGGCGUGGCUGGACAUGGAGCCAGCUCCAGCCACCUGGAACACCGAGCUGCUGCCUUGUCCCUGCUCCUGGCCACAGGCACAGCUGGACCCGCGCUACCGCCAGAGCAGAGGCCCAGUGGACACCUCCAUGAGGAUGCUGCGUACUGUGUCCCCAAACCCAGCUGGAGCUGGGGUGCGGUGUCUUUACCAAGACGGGAGCUUGCUAGAAGGCUGGCAGGAGAGAGCGUGGAGCCUGCCCACCCACCUGGGGGCUGAUGAGGAGCUGAGGGCCUUCAACUGGUGCUGCCGGCGCGUGGGGAAGCCCCUGUUCUGCACCAGGUUUGCUGAGAAGAGACCCCAGGUUGGCUGCAAGGGAUACGUGCCACCCACUCCUGCUGGUGCCUUUGGGGAUCCCCACAUCACCACCCUGGAUGGACUCACCUACACCUUCAAUGGGCUUGGGGACUUUGUCCUGCUGCUGGCCAGUGAUGCCCAGACCAGCUUCGUGCUGCAAGGACGCACAGCCCGGACUGGCACAGCCCAGGCCACCAACUUCGUGGCCUUUGCUGCCCAGUAUAUCUCCACCACCACCACAACAGUUGAGUGGACCUUGGGGAGACAUGGUGACAUCCAGGUCCUUCUGAACAAUGAAACCAUUCAGUUUUUCUAUUCCCAAGACAUGGCUGCCGAGAUGCACUACAGCCCUGGUGUCCUGCUGGUCAAUGACUCCUCUAUCAUGGCCGUCUUUGAUGGCUCCAUUGCUGUUUCCAUCUCUGCAACCUCUGGGAUCCUCAGCGUGGUCUGCAACCUGCCUGAUCGGUACCGCAACAGCACCAAGGGCCUCCUGGGUGUGUGGGACCACGACCCUGCAGAUGACUUCCAGAUGUCAAAUGGUACCAGCAUCGCUUUGAAUAGCAGCGAGGAAGAGAUCUAUGGCUAUGGGAUGACCUGGGCUGUUGGAGAGCACAGCCUGUUUGCUCAGCCUCCGGACUCACCGGUAAUGAACUUCACACCAAUCUUCUUGUCUCGGCUGCGGCAGGAGAACGAAAGCCGGUACCAGCUGGCAGCCUCACAGUGCCACGGGAACAAGGAGUGCAUCUAUGAUUCGCUGAGCACAGGGGAUGUGGCCCUGGGCCUGGCCACCCAGAGCCUUGCAGCUGACUUGCAGCAGAAGAAAACAGUACUCAAUGCCUUCCCUCCUGUCAUCACCGGUGACACCUCACUCACAGCCUUCAGGACAGAGAGGGUCAGGAGGCAGUUCCGUGCCGCGGGGGUGGGCGCGCGUUUCAUCCCCCACCUCUCACCAGAGCUCAACAUAUCUGAUAUCGACGAGUGCACACAGGGGAUGAUGUGCCCAGGGAACAGCACCUGCACCAACACAGUGGGCAGCUACACCUGCUCCUGCCUGGCCAGCGAGGAGGGUGAGAGGCCAGGCUGUGGCUCAGCCUGCAGCUCCCACUCCUGCCCCGAGGGCUACUGCAGCAACGGGGGACACUGCCAUCUGCACCCUGUCACCUGCACCCCCACCUGCGCCUGCCCCCCGGCUUUCACCGACCAGCGUUGCCUGCUGGCAGGGGGGGAUUUUCAUCCUCUGCCUCGUGCAGAUCUCCCCUGGAGAAGCAUCCAGCUGAGGGUCAGGACGCUGCAAAAUGCCUCUGUUGGGGAAGUCAAUGACACAGUCUCAGCCAUCCUGGGCUCCCUGGAAGUAAAGGCUUUUGAGAGCAACACCAACAUCACUCAGAUGACAGACAGUGAUGGCUUCACCUUCACAGUGAUGUCUGAGUUUGCCUACGACAGCCGUGGCAUCGUCAUCUGGUUCCUGAACGAGGAGCUGCUGGGAGCAGUCACUGGUGCCUUCAACGGGCGGCGGGGGCGAAGGGAAGUGGAUGGACACCUCCUCUUCCAGCCCCUGCAUGAGGACAAUGUCACUGACCUGGUGAAGCUGACGGUGGCUGAGCUGAGGAGCUAUUUCCCCUGCAGUCUGUAUGGCUACAAAGGGUACCGGCUCCACUACACGGAGACCAUGGGCUUUGUCUGCAUCUCACCUUGCAAGAUGGGCUACUGCCAGCAUGGUGGCCAGUGCCAGCACCUGCCCGAGGGGCCCACAUGCAGGGCCAAGGAGAACUACUGGAAGCCACGGCCCUUCUCCUGGCCUGCUUAUCUUCGCCUCUCCAGCCCUGAUGACAGCAGGAGAGCAGGCAAGGACCCUUCACUCUCCCUCCCCAGCAAGGCGUUGGGAACCACAGCUCCAGACAGUUGA